AAGAAGAAGAAGAAGAAGAAGAAGAAGAAGAAGAAGAAGAAGAAGAAGAAGAAGAAGAAGAAGAAGAAGAAGAAGAAGAAGAAGAAGAAGAAGAAGAAGAAGAAGAAGAAGAAGAAGAAGAAGAAGAAGAAGAAGAAGAAGAAGAAGAAGAAGAAGAAGAAGAAGAAGAAGAAGAAGAAGAAGAAGAAGAAGAAGAAGAAGAAGAAGAAGAAGAAGAAGAAGAAGAAGAAGAAGAAGAAGAAGAAGAAGAAGAAGAAGAAGAAGAAGAAGAAGAAGAAGAAGAAGAAGAAGAAGAAGAAGAAGAAGAAGAAGAAGAAGAAGAAGAAGAAGAAGAAGAAGAAGAAGAAGAAGAAGAAGAAGAAGAAGAAGAAGAAGAAGAAGAAGAAGAAGAAGAAGAAGAAGAAGAAGAAGAAGAAGAAGAAGAAGAAGAAGAGAAGAAGAAGAAGAAGAAGAAGAAGAAGAAGAAGAAGAAAGAAGAAGAAGAAGAAGAAGAAGAAGAAGAAGAAG